CAAAUCUCCGUCCAGCCACAGUAACGUCACUGUGAUCCGUGCUCGGCGCAUCCCGAGACUGGGGUAUCCUGACGUCACUCCGUCACCAAGUCUCCUGACAGCAGCCCACUCACCCACCGCGACUCCAGCAACCUUGAACGACAUUUCCCAUCGACAGAUGAAAGCCACACAGUUGCACAUGCACGUUCACAUUCGCAUUCACGCCCUCGUCUCCCGGUACCUUGCUGGGGAACCAACCCCAGAGACCCCCCAAUGAUACUCAGCUUCUCCCUCUGACUGACAACCAGCUCCACAACACACAACACACACCACACACACACACACACGGGGGUAUGGUCGUGGGCUGUUUAAAAUACCCCUGAGACAUGAUGGGGUUGGUUGGUGGGCGUGUCUAAUUCCAAACCCUCCUCCCACGGGAUUGUCGCGAGAUGACGUACCCUUCCGCCACGUUGCCACAGUCACGGCAGGUCAACGACCACAGCAACAACAACAGCCAGUCCCUACCGAGCCAAGAAUCGGGCUCGAAUCUGAAGACGGCCAGACCCAGACAAUCACGACAAGAACUGAACAUGUCCGAAGGUGCCGCAGCCACCCUGGCUGAGCAGCCAGAUGUUGCGCAGGAGGCCAAAGACGCGAUCGAGAGCCCCUCGCUCGACGUCUACCACAACCCCCUCGAACAAUCCUCACGAUGGACACUGGCCACCAGGGCGUAUGCCUACCGUACGGGGGCGUCCAUCGCCUUUGGCAUGGGCAACAUGACCUCGCCCGCCGUCCCCUCCCCGCACAAGACCGUGUACUUCGACUCGACCCUGUCCGACAAGUACAAAGGGAAGGCAAAGAUCAAGGCAGACGUGUGGACGCCAGACCGCCCGCUGUCGAGAAAGAGCUCCCGGGGCAGCCUGAGGUCGCUCAAGAAGAAGAAGAGCAGGGAGAGCGGUGACGAGUCCGGGGAUUCGCUCAAGCCCCCGCUGUCCCGCUUCUCGUCCAGAAACUCGGUGCGCGGGGGUUCGGACGAGACAGCAGACAAGGCUGGGUCUUCGCUCCGGCCCUCCCUGUCGCGGCUCUCGUCCCGGAUAUCCUUCAGGUCGUCCCACUCGAUCAGGUCCAAGAGCUCCCUGUCGCUGCCGACCACCCCCUCGGGCCCCGUCGACAACCCGAUGGACAAGAUCCCCUCCACCCUCAACCCCCAGCCUGACCCGACAUCCCGGCGGCCGGCCAUCAUCAACUUCCACGGCGGCGGCUUCGUGCUGGGCCAGGGGACGGAUGACGGGCGGUGGGCCAUGGCUGUGAUGCAGGCCCUGGGGGCGGUGGUGUUCUCGGUCGAGUACCGGCUGGCGCCUACGUAUCCCUUCCCGACGCCGGUCGAGGACUGCGCGGAUGCGAUACUUCAGAUAUGGCGGAGGGCGGACGAGUUCUGGAUAGACCCCGACAAGAUCAUCCUGACCGGUUUCUCGGCCGGCGGGACGCUGGCACUGGCGAGCUGGGUACUGCUACAGGACCACGCCAGGCUCGGCUACAAGCUCGAGCCGGCGCUGACGGCGUCCAUGUCGAGACUGGCCCUGUCGACGGGGGAGACCGGCUCGAAGAUCCCAAAGGCGGCCGAAGCGGGCGGGCCACGGCCGGUGGGGCUGAUGCUCUUCUACCCGCUGCUGGACUGGACAAUGUCGCGGCCGCGGAAGCGCCUGACGUGUUCGAAGCCCGAGAUGACGCUGCCGCGGUCCCUGACGGACAUCUUCGACGCGUCGUACAUCUACCCACCCGACGAGCUCAAGGCCAACCUCGACAACCCGCUGCUGUCGCCGGGCCUCAUGCCGGACGACCUGGUCGACAAGCUGCCGCCCGUGCAGCUGUGCCUGUGCGAGUACGACAUGCUCCUGGCAGAGGGCAAGAUAUUCGCCGAGCGGCUGAAGGCCAGGGGCAAGGAAGUCGGGUACCGGGUGGUCCCGGAGGCGAAGCAUGCGUGGGACAAGCCGCUGCCGUUCAAACCGCCAGAGAACCUCGGGGUGGAGUAUGGAGAGGCGGUACGGGCGAUGGCCAAAUGGCUGGGGGCGGAGGAUGUAGAUAGUGGCAAUGGCAGCCUGACAGAGGAGUGAGUGUGUGCCUAAGGGUGUACAAGUGUAGAAGGGUUUAACCGGGUUAGAGGUCAUAGAUGAAGCCGGUCUAGAAUUUUCCUAGUAAAUACAGCAGCCUCACUGGCGCCAAUAUAUCAAACCCAUUGAUCACA